AUGAAUCUUAAUGAUAAAGUCCUUAAUUAUCCUAUGUAUAAAGCAACUAAAAUGCUAUCAUCUUCAUCAUACCCAACUGUUAGUGAUAUUUGGUUAACUUUCAUAGGAAUUUUUCAACACAUUGAGUUAUAUAUAGAAAAUCAAAAUCAUUCAAUUGAAAAAUGUAUGAUGGCAGAUUCUAUACGUAAAAAACUAGAAGAUUAUUGGACAAUUAUAACAAUUAUAGAUAAAUCUACUAUUAUUUCAACUUUAUUAGAUCCUUAUGAAGAGGUGGAGGAAGAUAUAACUGAAGAACAUAUAAUUGCUUUAGACUUUAAAAAUGCUUAUGAUUUAAUUAAAGAUUGGUAA